AUGACAACAACAACAACACUAGUAAAUGCUGCCGAAACUUCUCCUGUUUCACCAUCUUUAUUCAAUAUUCAGUAUCCAAAUUGUCGUAGAGGCAUGUUUAGUCUUCGUGAACCAUUUCAAAAUGUAAAAACAGAGUUUGUUCCUACUGAAAAAAAACAAUUAUCCAAUGAAACUUUAACAACACCAGGUCUACAACCAACUAAUUUCAAUGCUAAUCAAGUGCCAUUAAUACACGAAAAACCUAUUGAACCUGUAUCUAUACCACCUCGAAAACUAUCAAAACGAAAUGCUGAAGUUCAAUGUUCACUUUUAAAGCCAACUGUUUACCAUGAUAUGGCUGUUCAAACAAAAAAUCAACGACAACCAAUUGCAGUAAAUGAUUUCAAUGAUAAUAACGAUAUCAGCCCUCGAUAUCGGCGACAAAAAAAAUUACAACCCAUUGAACAACCGCAAAAAAUUUAUGAAAUUUGGGAUAUCGAAUCGCCGUCCUUACGAACAAUACCAAUAAAGCAAACAAGAAGACCUGAAGAACAACAAAUAAGAUAUGUCAAAACUAGAAAACCAAUCAUAGAUUAUGAUGAUGAUGAUGAUGAUGAUGAUAAUAAUGAUGACGACGAAGGAGAAUUCGAUGAUGAUGAUGAAGAACGAAUUAUAUAUGCACGUCAACCUCGACAAGCAAAUAAAAAAUCAUAUUUACCACCAAAUGUACGCAUGAUUUGUGUUCGAGAAGACACAAAAAGAGUUUUUUAA